AGAACAUGGCCUCUCUUUAAUGAGACAAAACAAAAUGAAAACCACAGACGGCAGUUUUUCAGGUGACACAACAGGUAAGGGAUUACCGGUAAAUGUUGGCUCAUUCCUCAGAACACACGCACUUUAUUACCUUUGUGUGUGUGUGUGUGUGUGUGUGUGUGUGUGUGUGUGUGUGUGUGUGUGUGUGUGUGUGUGUGUGUGUGUGUGUGUGUGUGUGUGUGUGCAGUAGGCUGGCAUGUUUCCUGGAUGUGAGGUUGACCUAAAAACGAAAGUCAGAGUGAAAGCUGUUCACAUGCGGACUGAGCCUGAAGGGGAAGCAGCGCAGAGAAGACUCAGGUAACACACCGAGCAAACAGAAGUCUGUAUGAGGACAAAACAAGAGCCGAACUAAGUCACUUUAAGAGUAAUCAUGAAUAUUAUAACAGAGUCUUUCCUCGUGGAUUAUUUGCUCCGUGUGUCUGUAUUUGUUCAGUGGAUGUGAGGAUGAGUCAGUGGAAACAGAUUCAGCAGCUGGAGAUCAGACUCCUGGAACAUGUGGACUACCUGUACGAUGAUAACUUCCCCAUGGACAUCAGACAGGGUUUAGCAGGCUGGAUCGAGUCUCAGGACUGGUGAGUACGGAUAAAUAAAAAUCACCUCAGCUAAAUUACAAAAUGAAACAGAUUUAUUAAAGUGUGGUGAGAAAUAAACACUAAAGUUAAACGAGGGAUUUGUGUUGCAUAGAAGGUGACGAGUACACAAAUGCAAGUCCUGUGUGAGACAGUUUAAAUUAUUUUAUCAGUAAACCAAAAGACGAUUUUACCUUUUUAAUACUCUAGAAAUGUUGAAAAUCAUAAUGAAGACCUCAACAAAAGAAAACAGGCACAUGUUAUUAUAUUUUCUACAUCCCAGGUGGGGUAGGCUGUUUAUAAAUAAUGUUUUACUUUAAUAUUUUUGGAGGUCCCCUUAUUUAGUGCAGUCAAAUAAACGAAUGGCGAAUGAACUAAUUUCCAAAAAGGUAAAGAUAGAAGAGAAAAAAUACAUGUGGGAAAAAUAACAACAAAACUAUUGAGGUAACCCCAUGGAGUCGCCCUCUGCUGGACAACAGACAAACUGGCUAUGGAUUCACCAUAUGAAACCAAGAGGCAAUAUUUAAAGGGAUAUUCCAGCAUAAAUUAAUUUAGGGUCAAACACACCAUAACAGCGAGUUAGACACAACAUUUCUUCAUCACUUCCUUGACGUAAUAAUCACCAUAUUAGUCAUUUUCACUGCAGACGCGGUAGUUCUUCUGCCUUAGCGUCUUGGUCUGAUUGCAUUUCCAUGAAGAAAUGAUCAUAAAUGUUCUUCCUUGAGCUGCAUCACCCCGCUAUAGUCCGUAAUGGACUGGCCCAAGGUCUCGCUACAACCAAGCGGCUGCUGGAAGACAGUAGGUGAGUUGUGUUUAGUCUCUUACGUUGUGUUUGACCCAAAAUUAAUUUUACGCCGGAAUAUCCCUUUAAACUUUGGAAUAUAUCCAAACAACUAUGUAAGAGUGGAAGUAAUAUCAAAGAUGUAUGAAACGUGAAAGCAGGCUCCUUCAUAGAGGUGCUUCAAAGCUUAAAUACCAGCCAACCUAACCUUAAGUGAAGGUGGACUUUCAGCAUGGAAGUCAGUCCAUAGUUCUCCAUAUUUGGAGACCGUGUCUAGUGGUCACUCGUGGAACUGCAGCCUUUUUGCUCCUCUAUAUUAGCUUCACUUUUCAACACGAGUUUGCGUCUUAAUCAAAACCAAUGACUGCUGACACAAUCAUCAAACCAUUUCUAGGGUGCUGUUUAAAUGUGGAAGGCCGUUAUCAGGCUGUCAUACAACCCAUGCUCCACCCCCAUGAUGCAUAUGACAACUAAUACCAAUAGCGCACCAGUGGCAUACCUUCCACCACUUUUUGAUUCUCUCACUCUGUCCUGUUUUCAGGGAAACGGCAGCUAACGAUGAGUCGAUGGCCACCGUGUUGUUCGCUAACCUGCUAUCCCAGCUGGAGCGAGUGCGCUCACAGGAGCAGAACUUCCUGCAGAGACACAACAUGAAAAUCAUCCAGCAGCAGCUACAGGUGAGUCAGCAGCAUCCUUUGUUAUUGUACAGAAAGAUGAACGACAUGGCAUCCACUUAAGGUGAAGCCAAAAUGCUUGUAGCUCCAUCUGCUGACCUGCUGUAGUACAGGCCACAAAGCCCGAUGUUUGCACUUGUGAUCUUUGCAGGAGUGGAAUAAAAGCAUCUCCAAUAAAGAGAAGUACUUUGUGGUUUGUGGUGUACUGAAGAUUAAAGGGAAGUAGAAAAUAGUGGCUGUACUUUGACAGAGGGUGUUAACUGUUUCUGUGUGUGGUUUUUCGGUCAGCUAAAAACUCAAGAGCUCAUCAGCAAUUGUUUAUCCGACAUUUUCAGUUUGCCUGAAAGUUACCUGUGUUACAAGUGUGCAAACUCUCGAACUUGAGCUUCCUCACACUCCACGGAUGGCUGUCAAGGUGUUAACUUUGGUCUUUGAGCUCUACAACAGGAUGCUCGGUCAAUGCUGUUAGCCUCAGCUCAUAUUUAAUGCUCAAAAACUCGAACCUUUGCAGAACAAACCCGAGAGCCUCACACCGCUGUUUCCUGUGCAUCUGAAUAUGUCAGAGUCCCACUCUCAGAGGAAGCAGUCACUCCUCCUGUGUGGUGCUCAAAGGUGUUUGUGGGUUGUUGUUGUUGUGAUGUGUGAAUGCAGCAGCUCAUAAAACCCAAAAGAGUCUCUAACAAUAACAAAGUUUGGAGUUUCUGUGUCUAAUUAAAGCUCAAUCUUUGGGAGGAAAACCCCUCUGGGAGCACGUCUGAUAUUUGUGUGUUAAAAGUACAUUUAAAGGUGUUUUCUUAUUCUAAAAACAAGCACAAGCUGCUCUUCACCUAUAACAUUCAGAUUAUGAUAAAAAGGGAAAUCAGUUUAUAAAUGGAAGCUCCCUACUACUUUAUAAACAAAUUCAUCUGCUGCUUUCUAAUGCCAAAUGUCAUCCUUCAAAUGUCAUUGUUCCAGUAACGAAAGAGUGUGUAGGAGUGUGAUGAUACAUCCUCAGUCAUCAUUCGGGCAAUGAUGCUGAUGCAUGAAAAUUUUGAGGCUAGAGAAAAAGUUUCCUCUUCCCACAGCAGCUUAUUUUGUACUUUUCUGAACCAGCUUUGACACAGGGUGCAAGACACAACAGAACACCUACGCUGUGUUUGUCUCAAUCUCCUGCAGACGAUGGAAAUCCUGAUCCUGGUGUGUUGGUCUGCGUGAACCUGGGCCAGUUUAGAGCUCUCUCAGAUCAGCUGGUUUUCAACUUGUUUGAGCCACCAGCCUCAUCUGCCUUCACGCCUUAUCGAUGUUUUCUAUGUACCUCUUUAGUCCCCUGAGUUAAGUAAUCUGUGACAACAUUAGUAAUAGUAAUUUUGGUAAAAUAGCAGUUGCCACCUUUAUUUUUACAUUUGUUAACCAAUCAGAGGCUGCGUUCUGCACAUGCUCUGUAUGUAAUGCAGCUCAUACCAUCUACUGUUUCUUAAUGAGCUUUUAAAAGCAACUUUUAUAGUUUUUUAUUGGAUAAAACUGAGUUACUUAGAUUAUUUAUGAUAAUAAACAAUCCCAUCAUGGACUAAUCUGUACUAAAAAGUGAAUUCUGUACAGAUGUAAAUAUGAUGCAUGCACAUAACUUGUUUUUAACUUGAAGUUUCUUUAUAUUUUAAUUUUGUCUUUUCUGUAUCUAUACCAUGCUGCUGUAAGUUUUGGAAUUUCCCCCUGUGGAACUAUUUAAAGGUACAUCUUAUCUUAUCUUAUCUUAAAAACACCAUGGCUUCAAUGAUCAUGAUUAGUCGCUGUCUGGUUUCAGUAAAUCGUGUUUAAUCUGGGGCUGGUGUGCAGACUGUGACUAAAGAUGUUGGUCUUCAGGAGGCAGAGAGAAAAGUGACAAAGAUUUUUCCUUAAACUGUCUGAAAGUACGUGACGAUAAAUCUGCUUUUGUUUCCGUGAUAAAUAACAGUAACAUCCUCUAAAUCGACAUCAUGGUUCAACGCUAUAACUGCCAGUCGCAGAACAAGCUCUUCUUCCAGCAACUGUCUACACCUUUGGCAACAUGCCUCCUCUUUUCAUUUUGUCAUCUUAAGUUGACGUCAGAGGCGAGUUUAACCUCAUUCCUUUUCCUGGUUUGAUAACGAAGGACUUCCAGUAAAAACCUUAGACGGACUAUUAAUAACUGAUUUCUGUGAUAACUUCCUCCUCCUCCUCCUCUGAGCAGUUUUUUCUCAAGAUGCAAAGAUAAAUAAACGAUGUGAAAAUGAAAACCCUCAAACUGAAGAGCUGCUCCUUUUCCUUCUUUCUUUGUUUUUGUCUUAAGUGUGCACACAUUGGUGUUUGUGUAACCUGGAGUUUGCUCUUAUGUGUGCAGGUGAAGUACACGUCCACCCCUGCUGUCAUGGCCAGAGUUAUUUCCACCUGCCUCAGGGAGGAGCGGCGGAUCCUCUCCAGCGCCUGCAUGCAGGAACAGGUUUGUCACUUUUGUCUCGCUCAGUGGGAAAGUCCCUCUGCUUCCUGAGUGACAGGCGCCUCUGCUCGUAAACUCGAGCUGCUACCAGGAAGGUGGUUUUGUUUAAAGUACAACCGCUUCUUUCCAACCGCGUUACAUAAAUCCAGAGAAACUGUCGCCUGCCCUUGUGCAAUCAGACUUCUGCAAGAACGCUAGGAGCAAAAUGAACACCACUGAUAACUCAACCACAAUCUGGACUGGAUUUAUUUGCAUACAAAUCCAGAACCCGCAAAGAUAAAAUAAUCAGUGCAGACUGGGGCCGUUUUGCAGGGGGCCAAUAUUUGCACACGAAGUUAGAGCUUAAAGAUGACUUUUUGUAGAAGAGGAUUUUUGCACACCUGACACUGCAUACUGUCUUACUUUCACUGAUGCAUUAAAUUAAACAAAGUUUUGGUCAAACCGGCUCUUAUCAGGUUCACAGACAUCUGGGUAACCAAUCAGAAAACUGACCUGAAGCUAUCUCACAAAAACCAUCCCGCAGUGAUGGUCCUGCAGUUUCUAUCUUUAAAAGCACAGUGAAAAUGUCUGCAGAAAGUCAGAAAAAGUGACUAAACAGUGAAUAAAUGUCCACCAGGGUCCUCUGGAGAAAUCUCUGCAGAACUCUGUGGCGUUUGAGAGACAGAAGAACAUGGACAACAGAGUCGGGGUCAUCAGGGGGAGCGUGCAGGUAACUGAAACACUCUGAGGGAACUGAAACAGAAACGCUUUCUGCUUUUCAUUCAUGAAGUUAAAAAAGGAGAUCUAUGUCGAUGUCUGUGUGUGUUUUUGUGUGUACGUGUGUGUGUAGUUGAUGGACCAGGCUGUGAAAUACAUCGAGGACAUGCAGGACGACUUUGAUUUCCGCUACAAGACCCUGCAGUCUCGAGGUACGCCCUGAGCGUUCGAGCUGUGAAAAGUAUUUUUAACAGGCUUUUUUUUGUAGCUGCUCGCAGCUCUGAAAAAAGUGCUUCUUUCUACAAAUGUGUGGUUUUACAUGUGUGUGUGCGUGCGUGUGUUAGACUCGACAGAUAGGAACUCAGAAAUCAUGAAACAAGAAGUAACCAGACUGCAGGAAAUGCUGAACAGACUGGACUUUAAGAGGAAGGUAAGUGUUUGUAUCGUCAGGUGAAGCUCUAAAAGCUUCACUGAAAUGUCUCCAAACACACAAAUCACAAAUUUAACCUCAGUGUGAGCAGGUUGACUUCACAUCCUCUCUUCCUCUUUUUAAAGACUCAAUGUAACCGUAGGCUCACCUGGUUUUUAAGUAAAUAGUCCCAGCCUUAAUAAUGUGCAUCAGAGAUCUUCUCCCUACACUGAGCCUGAACAAAACAUGAUCCACUUAAAGCUUUCAACCGUUACAUCCCUGAAAAACUGGGAUUAUUAAUCUAAACAUAUACUUCAGUUCAGUAAAAUUAAAGUUAGUUAAGUUUUUAAAAGUGGAUGUCGACAGAAAUAUAAAAACUUCAGCACUGAUUCGUAAAGUGAAAUCGAUUUCUACAAACUAAGACUUCUAUCAUCCCUGUCCUCUCUCAGGAGAUCCUGUCAAAGAUGGACGUUGUUAUAAAGGAGAUCGAUGACCUGAUGACCUCUCAGCUCAGCCCUGAGCUGCAGGACUGGAAGCGUAGGCAGCAGAUCGCCGCCAUCGGUGGACCGCUGCUCACCGGCCUGGACCAGCUUCAGGGCUGGUACUGAGAUGAAUAACAGCUGAAUGCAUCAUUUACAUUUAAAUGUCUAAUUUUCAUCGUGUGAUGUCUAAUAUCAGCCUUUUGUCCCCCCCCGUCUCCUCUCAGGUUCACUCUGACGGCUCAGAGUCUCUUCCAGAUCAAACGGCAGCUGGACAAACUGGGCGAGCUGGUCGUGAAGGUCACGUACGAGAGCGACCCGAUCCCCCUGCAGAAACCUCAGAUGGAGGAGAGAGUCAAAUACCUCCUCUAUCACCUCAUCAAGAGGUACUUUUAUGCAUAAAACAAAAAGAAAAGCACAGACUGUUUUCAACUUUUACAGGCUUGUAUCAUAGGCUGUAUUUUGUCUGAUGAAACUGCGUGAAUUGUUGUUUUUGCAGCUCAUUUGUGGUCGAGAAGCAGCCGUGUAUGCCCACACACCCUCAGAAACCCCUCAUCGUUAAAACUGGAGUUCAGUUCACCACCAAAGUCAGGUAUCUUCCUGAUUUGAUCUGCGUACUUUACAUCGAGUUUCCAUGCAGCUGUUUUGAAUCACUUUUUCUUGCUGUAAAAUAAUAAUGUUGCUGCUUUUCUUCUCCUCUCAGACUCCUGGUUAAACUUCCAGAGGUGGAUUAUCAGCUCAAAGUGAAAACAACAUUUGACAAGUAAGAUCCUCCAUGUUUCACUUUGUUUAUCUGGUUUUCUGUAACAGUCAAACAUAAACUUGUAAAACUAUAAAGUGAGAUAUCUCUGUCUGGUUAUUUAGAGCGAUAUAGUACGACAGAUGUAUUUAUGGUCAUCUAAAUUUAUAUGGUGUUUUUUUGUGUGUUUGUGUCUCCAGAGACCUCCCCCCCGGCAGAGUGUGAGUACAAACAACGUCACGACAUAAUUUUAGCCCUGAUAUAAACAGAGAGUGAGCAGGUACACAGCAGCAGAGUAAAGACAUGAGACAUGUAGACUAGGAGACUCGUGUACCAGUCCUUUAAAGCUCCUAUGAGGAGGUUUUUAUGUUCAUGUAACAGACUUAAAAUCACAGUGAUGCCUUUUUAUGCUAAACAAAAACAAACAAAACAAGACUGAGGAUUUUAAUUCUGUAUAAUUAAACUUUGUAGUUGGUGCGAGUGGGCAGCUGUCAGUUGAAUAGCAUCAAAUUUUACAUUUUCCACUUCAAACAUUCAUAAAAAAAUUAUAAAUCUGAUUGUCAAGAGUCAUCUGGAUGAUAUUUUAGUCGAAAGUUACUACUUAUGCAUGUAGAGAUUAAGAUCAGCAACGCCUGUUUUGUCCACAGGGGGCGCCAAAAUGGACACAAACCAAAAGUUCCUCACUGGAGCUUUAAACAGAGAUUUAAAUUCCUGAAGAAGCUUUUAAUAUUUUUCAAAUUGAUAGUCAGAGAAUCAAGACUUUUGAUUAAGUUGCAUGAAAUUUUUUUAUUUAAAACCAUAAAACAGCUGUGAUCAAAAUGAGGAAUUUAACUUCAGAUUUCAGGAGUGAUAGUCGUUAUUUUGGUCUAGAAAGAGGCAGAAAGACUCCGAUCAAAUGGGAUAAAUCCAGGGGUCUGGUUUGUUUCACGUUGUUUUCUCUCCUCAGAAGUCGUCAGUUUUUCAUCCUGACUAACAACACUAAAGUUAUGGACAUCGAGGAUUACUCAAACGGCUGUCUGUCAGUGGAGUUCAGACACCUGGUAGGAUGACCCGUCUUUGCCUCCAUUAUUUAAGCUGAUAUUCUAACUACUAUCAGAAAGAUCUAAAUCAGGGGAGCUGGAGGAAAGUCGUUGUUGUUGAAAUUAUUGUUUUCAUUUUACAGCAACUGAAAGAGAAGAAAUACAUCAACGGCACAAAGGGGAAUGAGGUAAAACUGGUUCAUUAAAAAUGUGUUUUACCAAAAUUUUAAACUUCAGUUCUGAAAUAAAUAAUAUUAUGAUGCUUGUUUUUACUUGUGCAUUAUCUCCUGAUUUAUGUUGGUGUUCUGCAGGGUCUGCUUUCCGUGACAGAGGAGCUUCACUCCCUCAGUUUUGAGGCUUGUUUCACAGUUCAGGGUCUCACCAUCGAUCUGGAGGUCAGUUGCAGCUUCAAUUUUACCCAAGGAUGUAGAUGGUGGUGCAAACAUAGGCUGUAUAUAAAGAUGGAUGACAUCCCUACUUCUUCCUCUUGUACAGAAGUGAAACUAAUCCGCCUCUUUUGCAGUUUGAAGCCAAAUUCAGAGAAAAAAAUGAGCAUGUACCUCAGUGUUAUAGUUUGACACAUCAGUCAGCUCUAAAUGGUUUGGUUUCACUUUGUAGGAGCUGUCAUGCCAUCUGUCUCUAUAUACAGUCUAUAAACGAAGCCCUCUAACUGUGUGUGACUCUUCCAGACGUGCUCGCUGCCUCUGGUGGUCAUUUCCAACGUGAGCCAGCUGCCAGGAGGCUGGGCCUCAGUCAUGUGGUAUAACCUUCUCACUGAUGAGCCCAGGGUGAGUUCAAACACUCUGUGAUUGUAUCUGAACCGCUGGUGUGCCUGUGGCCUAGUGGUUUAAGUAUGUGUGUACAGAGGCUUUUCACAGUGGUCAUUGGUUCGACACUCUUAUCUUCCCUCAUAAUCAAUGACGGCAAGAACACCCCCACAUUGAACUGACUUUUGUCAUAUUAUAAUAAAACGAGUUUUCAAAAAUCCACAUUUCUCUCCUCCUGACCUCCUUCCUUCUCCUUGUUCCUAUAGAACCUGUCGUUUUUUGGAAACCCACCUCGAGCCACCUGGAGUCAGCUCUCUGAAGUGCUCAGCUGGCAGUUCUCCACCUUCUCAAGUCAGGGGCUCAACAAAGAGCAGCUGAGCAUGCUGGGAGAGAAGCUGCUCGGUGCGUUUUUUCUAAAAUACUGAAUAAGAAACAUGUUUGAGGUCUUCGUGAAACGUGAUGGUCUACAAGGGUACACAAGCUUCGGAUUUGUCUCAAACUGCGGUUUUUGUUGUUGACCAUGAUCCCUUUCAGCACUUCUGUGUGACUCAGAAAUUGUUUUAGGAGUUGCGGCGUGUUUGCCUUUUGCAGAAAUUGUGGUGACUUAUAAGAGGUUUUUGGGGUCCUUUUAGUCAACCUGGUGGCUGUCCUUCAAAUAAGUAAUGUCUAAUAUUUGCUGUAUUUCUUUCUAGGUCAGCAUGCCUCCUGCAGUGAUUAUCAAGUGUCCUGGUCAAAGUUCUGUAAGGUCAGUCUCUACUAAUAUCUAUGUACUGUUGACAUUUUAUGUAAAGUGGAUGGAAUUAAUAAUUUUUGAGACUUGAAACCUUAGUUUUGGCUUUUUAGCGUCUAAUUUAAAGUCUCUGUUAAAUUUUUCUUACAGGAGAAUAUUCAAGGGAAGCCCUUCAGUUUCUGGAUGUGGCUAGACUCCAUCUUGGAGCUCAUAAAGAGGCACCUGCUGCCCGUCUGGAAUGAGAGGUAAACCUCAACAUCACUUAAAUUUCACCUCACCUCAUUUUUAAUCUGUCUCUAGGAUUCUCUGCAGCUCAUAUAAACUUCACAAAAGAGUCAGAGAGUCCUAAAACUGAAGCCAGGCAAUGCAGAGGGACUCUUAGCCUGUGCUCUGUCUAAUGACCAGCAGGGGGCGACUACUGUCGUUAAUGAUCAGUAAUAAAGUCAGUGGUAGAAUGUGGCAAAAAAAGAAGGAGAAAAAAAGAAAAACACGUUUACCUUUUCUUCUCCUUCUUCAACCCUGUGCAGCUACAUCAUGGGCUUUGUGAGUAAAGAGAUGGAGCGCGCUCUGCUCAAGGACAAAGAGCAAGGCACCUUCCUCCUUCGCUUCAGUGAGAGUCACCUCGGAGGAAUCACCUUCACCUGGGUGGAGCACAACGAAAACGGUCAGACUUUUCUAAAUCUCUGCCUCUACACAAUCUCUACACAAAGAUUUAAAACGUGUUUGUAGUUCAUUUGUAGUCUGAGGAAUAUUGACCAAUCAGAGAACAGAGGAUACAGCCUUUUGCAUAUAGAACAGCCUGUGUGAAUUUAACAGUAUAUAUCUUAAAACUCAACUAAAAGCUGGUCAGAACAUAAUCAUUCAAUGACUUUGGCUGUGGCGUCUGGGGCUGAUGGAGACAGCCUCUAGUGGACACUCAAAGAAUUGCAGUUUUUGGCACAUCAUUUACUUGAUUGUUAAAUACGUUGUCUUCUUUUGUCCAACAGGAGAAAUGCGGUUAAACUCUGUGGAGCCAUACACUAAAAGUCGUCUCAGCGCUCUCCCUUUCGCCGACAUCAUUCGAGACUACAAAGUGAUCUCAGACGGGGUCGUACCGGAGAACCCGCUCAAGUUCCUCUAUCCAAACAUCCCCAAAGACGAGGCCUUCGGACGGCUGUACAACAGUCAGCCAAGCAAAGGCAGGAGCGCAGAAACAUUUCUUAUCGUCAUUUCUUUAAGCUCUUGUUUCAAACAUUUGUUGACUGAUUGUGUCGUAUUACUGGCUCAUGUUUUAUGUGUCUGUUUAAUCUCCAGUUCACCCAUACAUACCAUCCCAACUGAUCCCCAUCUCAGAACUGCGGUGAGUUCAUUUGUCAGCCGUAUAAAACCCUAACAUAGGAUUAAAUAUUAGACAGGCUUAUUUAAGUAAACGAUCAAUCAGGUAUGAUAGGUAUGAGCCUUUAGAUAUGGAAGUUAAAGCUCCUGUGAAGAGUCCUCCAAAAUGUCCUUACUGGAGCUUUAAAGGUGUCCCCUUUGCUUCAAGUGGACACUUGAGAAACUGCAAUUUUUUUGCACUCACUUCCCAACACUUUGCUCCAAACUGUCAUUAAAAGGGCUGCUGUGACUUUAUCAUCCACAAGAUGUUGCUGUUGGAGCGCAGAGGCAUCACAAAGCUUUACAGGCCUAUGUCUAACUGUGACGCACAGCUUUAACAAUAAUAAUAAUACAUUUUAUUUAUAACACACUUUUACAGGUGCUCAAAGAUGCUUUACAAAAAAAACACAAUUUAAAAUGCAGAAAAUUUUGAGUGAUAAGACCAACAGUGUAAAAGGUUAAAAAAGACACAAUAUGAAAAGACAAUAAAACAACAGUUUACAGGUUAAAAGUCAUUUUAAAAAGGUUUGUUUUUAGGAGUGAUUUGAAAGUAUGGGGGUCUUGAUCAAUGAAAGCAGCUUAAGCACAUACUUCAUAACAAUGACACGUUUCUCUGUCUCUAUUACCCUCAGCUGUAAUGUCAGCACCUCGUCACCGUCCUGUCAGUCUCCUGAACCCCCCAUGACUCCCGGAGAGUUCGACUUGCUGAGCGAACAUCUCUGCCUCAGCAUGGACACAGUGAGUUUUAGUUUUAGAUUAGUGUCUGCUCUUUUCUCUCCAGUUUCCUGCUCUGCCUUGUAUUGCCAUGUUUUCUGAGAAAUCUGCUGCUAAUAUAAUUUUCCUUUUUGUCUUACAGAUGAGUUCACCAUAUUCAGAUUAACACCAGAUGACUCAAACAUGCUUUCCUGGUUUUCCUGGUUCAGUUUGAUAAAAAUCUGUCUUGAAUAUGAUAAAAGAGUAAAACUAUGAUCCACUUUUAUUCUAUGUUUGUUAAAACUUUGUCAUCAUUUGUUUUAAUUGUAGUUCUAUUUAAACUCUUGCAGGUUUUUACCUCCUUUAUCAGGGACUGUUUUUAAGUUUAUCUAUUUUUCACGUUUCCCUCAUGUUUUUUUCUUUGUAUUCAACUUCUUACGUUUGUUUUUUAUUUCUUCUAAUUUUUUAAAAUUUUGAUAUUGUUUUUAAUAUUGACUGUGAAUAGAAUAGUAAGGUCUUGCUUAGCACUCUUUGGGUUUUUUAAGUGCUGUUCAAAUAAAGUGUCUUUAGUUUUCA